UCACUCAAAGACAUGACGCUCCCUGCGUACUCGCGCAUUCUUUCCCCCCUCUUACUUUCCCUUCUGUGAACUUUGCUGAAAACCACACAGUCUUCUGUCUGUAUCAGAGAAGGAGAAAAAGAAAUGAGGACGGACCGAGACCUCCGCUUCUGACAGCCGAGCUACCUUGAUAAUGCCACAGUCUCCUCGUUGAUGAGACAAUGAGAACCUACACUCGUGGGGCCCCCACAGUCUUCUUCAUAAGUUUCCUGUGGCUAUUGCUUUUCCUGAAAGAAGAAUUAACAAUUGCAGAGGUGGACCCCAGUGGUGGAAUCCCCUUCAUGGGAGGCAAUUAUGAUGGUCAUCCCAUGCUGUACUUCACUCGUGGAGAAGUGGAGGAAUUACAGUACGCUUCAUCAGGAACACAUCAAGAAAUGGCCAGGAGAAUUCGAGAGGCUGCGGAGACAAUGUUGGAGCAUCCAGAGGAGUACUUACCCCCGUGGAGCCCGGCUGAGUUCAGUGCCCGUUGGAAUGAAGUGUAUGGAAACAACCUGGGCGUACUGUCCAUGUUCUGCCUGCUUUACCCCCACAGAGCUGGGGCCCUCGACUUUGCCAAGGACUACAUGGAGCGGAUGGCUGCUCAGCCUAGUUGGUUAGUCAAGGACGCCCCUUGGGAUGAAGUUCCUUUGGCGCACUCUUUGGUUGGCUUUGCCACGGCUUAUGACUUUCUCUAUGAAUACCUAAACAAAGACCAACAGGAUCGGUUCCUGCAGGUGAUUGGAAAUGCGUCACGUCUGAUGUACGAGAAGUCGUAUGUGAGAGGCUGGGGAUUCCAGUACUUGCACAACCACCAACCCACCAACUGUGUAGCUCUGCUCACAGGGAGCCUGGUUUACAUGACUCAAGGCUACCUUCAGGAGGCCUACCUGUGGACUAAGCAGGUGCUAUCCAUCAUGGAGAAGUCCAUGGUCCUCCUGCGGGAUGUGACAGACGGCUCACUGUAUGAAGGAGUUGCUUAUGGGACCUACACCACCCGCUCUCUAUUCCAGUACAUGUUCCUGGUGCAGCGUCACUUUUCCAUUGGUCACUUUGAUCACCCCUGGCUCCUAAGGCACUUUGCCUUUCUCUACAGGACUAUCCUGCCUGGGUUUCAGCGGACCGUAGCUAUUGCAGAUUCCAACUACAACUGGUUCUACGGGCCAGAAAGUCAGUUGGUUUUCUUGGACCGCUACGUGUUGCGUAAUGGCAGUGGAAACUGGCUGGCAGAUGUUAUUCAUCAAAACAGGGUAGUGGAAGGGCCAGGGCAGGCUGGAAAAGGCCAGCGCUGGUGCACUCUUCACACAGAGUUAAUCUGGUAUGACCCAAGCCUGAUCCCCAAACCCCCAUCAGACUUCGGAACAUCGCGGCUCCACCACUUUGAAGACUGGGGCGUGGUCACAUACGGUGGCGCCUUACCUGCAGACACCAACCGCACUUUCAUCUCCUUUAAGUCGGGCAAGCUGGGAGGACGCGCCAUCUUUGACAUUGUCCACAAAAACAAGUACAAAGAGUGGAUAAAAGGAUGGCGGAACUUUAAUGCCGGCCACGAGCACCCGGACCAGAACACUUUCACCUUUGCACCCAAUGGCUUUCCAUUCAUCACAGAGGCACUGUACGGACCCAAGUACACGUUGCUGAAUAACGCAGUUUUAUUUGGCUCGGCCAUCUCAGGGAGUUGCUUCCAGCCAUGGGUAGGGCAAGUGACAGAAGCUUGUGACUCCAAGUGGUUGAUCUAUAAGGUUGGACUGGCAGCUGACACUCAAGGCAGAAUAGAAGCUGCUAUGGAGAGACAGGGAAUGAUCUUUAUUCGCGGUGAGGGUCGUUCAGCUUAUAGUCCGGAUCUGAAAAUUAGGAACUUUCAGAGGAACCUGCUCCUUCUUCAUCCUCAGCUCUUACUCGUUGUGGAUCACAUACACCUGGAUGCUGACAGCCCGACAUGGGCCAUGAGUGCCUUCUUUCACAACACGGAACUACCAUUCCAGGACGCCAAGGCGGACAAUGUUCACGGAGCAUUCGUAUCACACGGUGAGGACAAAUACAAGAUGUUCUGGUUGGAUGACACUGGCUAUAGUAAUAAAGGAGUCAUAGGGUAUUGGAAUUACCCACGAGGAUAUCCGUAUAAUGGCUCUAACUAUGUGAACAUCACGAUGCCACUGAGGUACCCUUACACAAGGGUGGCGUACAUUUUUUACGGACCAGGAGUAGACAUAAAAAGUUUUAGCCUGCGUGGCGACGACCAAAGAGUGGAUAUUCACCUAGACGCCGUGGACCACACUUACACUGUCUAUCUGCUGACCGGAGAGGUCACCAGCAAACCGCUGUAUAGCAUGGUGCUGCUGGACAACAAGAAGGUUGUAUUCGAAAAAGCAGCCGCUGCAGUGGACACAUCGCCGGAGGAAGUUGAGGAGUACGUCAACGUGAUGGAGGACAAUCUCCAACACGUUAAGCCGGUCUUUCAACAAAUGGAGAGACACAUUCUUGGACGGGUUCUAAACACCGCCAGCUUUAGAAAAACAGCGGAGCGCCUCCUCCAGUUCUCUGACAAAAGAAAGACGGAGGAGGUCAUCGAGAAGAUGUUCGCCAUGUCCAGAAAGCAGGGCAAGGCUAAAGGCGGCAAGAGGGUGAACCUUGCGGAAAAACUGUCGGAGACUCUCCCUGACAUUUUUGCACAAAUCGAAGUGAAUGAGAAAAAGGAGAGGCAGAAAACGUCCAAGCGUACAUACGAGGACAGUCCAGAAGAGGGCGAUGCGGACUCAAAGGCCUUCAUUGAUUACACGGACAGUCGCAAAAAUAAGAAAGGCGGCUUCGUCAAGGGCCGCAAAUUCAAAGAGGUUCCCAUGGCGACAGUAGGGAGUGAGGGCGUAUCCAGCACAACCUCUUACAUCCGACUCUUCCUCCUGCUGAACACUGCCACCUUCUUUUUGCUGCUCGCCGUGUUGCUGAUGUGCUUUCAGAAGGGUCGGAGCUUACACACGCAGAGAUGUUUCUACACCAUCCUUCUGAUUGACUGCUUCAUUUUACUGUAUCUCUACUCGUCCUGCUCUCACACGCAGUGCUAACAUUGCGAGCAGGAGGCGAAACCUAUGUCUGGCUACAUCCACGCGAUUGUGUUUUUGUUCUAAAAAGCACCUCAUCCGCUAUAGUUACACCCGCCAGUUCACACUACCUUAACAUGGUUGAAGAAGCAGACAAAGAUCACAUCCGCUGUUGCUGUAUGACCAAAACUUAACUUCCGAUUAUUCGAAUUUCAACACAUAAAUACGUUCCUCACCAGAAAAGAAACGAAACAUCACCAUUUUGGGGAUCAAUUUUCAGGGGUCGCGAAUCGGCUAAUACGUGAGUAUGUACGGUUUAUAAUAAUGUAUUGUUAUGCCAAC